AUGACUAAAUCCACCUCAUGGCAUCCAUCUAGUCAGCAGCCACAUGUAUCUGUCACCUGUUUGAAAGAAAAUGUGAGCUUUGCUUCUACUGGUAGAAAUCUAGAACUUGUAGUCCUACAAAGGACAGUGUUAAAGGCCGUACUUCAUGGCCUUCUCUUCUUGCUUUUGCCUUCCUCAAUUCUCACUCAAGCAGCAGAUUGUGUUACGCCUCUCUAUGGUCCACACAUGCUGAGGUUAUUAUUUGUUGAUGUUGUUAUAUCACAUGUUAAUGAUUACUUGGGGCAGACUAUAAGGUCUCAUCACGUUGUUGGGACAGAUCGAAAGUUGUUUCCCUCACUUAGAAGCAAUAGCAAGAAACUUUUUGGCCUAUGGGUUUCAAGAGUGGGAGGGUUGACAAGUUCUCAGAUUGCAAGCAGUGCUUUUACUUUGGGAACAGCAGCUGUUCUCCCAUUUUACACGCUCAUGGUUGUAGCUCCUAAAGCUGAACUGACUAGAAAGUCUAUGGAAAGUAGCAUUCCAUAUGUUGUGCUGGGACUUAUAUAUGCAUUUCUAUUAUACCUCUCUUGGACACCUGACACAAUACAUAUGAUGUUUGCAAGUCAAUACUGGUUACCAGAGCUGCCUGGUAUAGCAAAAAUGUUCUCCAGUGAGAUGACACUAGCUUCAGCUUGGAUUCAUUUGUUAGCUGUAGACCUCUUUGCUGCAAGGCAGUUGCACCCCAAACUUUUGAUCUCCCUUCUCCUUAGCCAAAGCAAUGAGCUCGAGCACGUCUUGAGAAGUUCAACCAUCAGCAUUAUGAAGAAAUUGGCAUGGAUGUUAGAAAUCAUUGCUCCACCUAUUCUGGAACCUUUCAAUGCAGCUUUCUCAAUCAAUUCAGCUGCUGCAACUCCCAAUUCAGAUGGAUUUCUGAACACCGAGCCAGCACAACGCUCUCCUAGUGGUUAA